AUGUCCACAGUAGACAUAACAAUCCUCCCUUCCUCUUCAUCCAUUCCAACAGCCCGGUCUCUCCCAAUAACACUCUCCCUCCCACCCGCAUCCUCAAUCCGAGUGCUCAAACUCGCGCUCGCUUCCCAUUUCCCCAGGCUCAUCCCUGUCCGCCAAAGGCUCACUCUUGACGGCGAGAAGAAGCCCUUGGAGGAUGAAGACACACUCGACUCUGUUGGGCUGGGAAAGGGAGGGAAGGUGAGGGUCAAAGACCUCGGUCCUCAGAUCGGUUGGAGGACGGUGUUCGUUAUCGAAUACUUGGGACCGCUCCUCAUCCACCCGGUGUUCUACCACUUCCAGUCUAUCAUAUACCGCUAUGCAUCGCCGUUCGAACACUCCGACCUCCAGCGCACAGUCUACAUUCUGACGAUGCUCCAUUUCCUCAAGCGAGAACUCGAGACGCUCUUCCUACACUCCUUUUCGAGAUCGACGAUGCCCUUCGCCUACGUCUACCGGAACUCGGCACACUACUGGCUCCUCUCCGGCCUCCUGAUCGCCCUAGUGCUCUACUCGCCAUCGUACGGUCAAGACGCGCUCUUAGAACGCUCCGAUCCCGCCCUGUCCCCUACCUGGAUCUGGAGUUGGGUCGGUUUGUGGAUCUUCGCCCAGCUCAGUAACUUCCACACGCACUAUACCGUCGCCCACCUCCGACCUCCCGGGUCGAAGAAACACUACAUUCCAAGGGGGUACGGGUUUGCCCUCGUCUCAUUCCCCAACUACUUCUUCGAGAUCCUCGCCUGGGGUGCUGUGCUCGGUCUGACCCGGAGCUGGGCUGUGGUAGUAUUUUUGCUUGUUGGAGGAGGGACGAUGACCGUUUGGGCGACGCAGAAACAUAGGGCGUAUAAGCGCGAGUUUGGGGAUAAGUACCCUAAGGGGAGGAAGAUUAUCUUCCCGUUUAUUUACUAGCAUGCUGGAGGUUGAGCACGCCUGGGGCUGAGCUGAAAAAGGACUGUUUGUCCGUAUACCAUAUACCCUAAUCGAUUACCUGCCUCAAUGGAAGCGAAGCGCAGCCCUACCCACAGUUGUCAAACCCAAACCCAAACACUUAAUCCAAGCCCUCAAUAGCCGCUGCAGCCCUACCCGGACCCCCGACCCAGCUCUUCUUGAACCCUCCCGCCGCACCGGGCGCAGGACCGCCAAAUAGCUGCGCCAUCAUCUCCUGCAUCAUGUUCCCCCUAGGUCCUCCAGGGGGCUGGAUGUCGAAGUACAUCUCUCCCAGCGCGCGGGCGGCCUCCCCCAUCUGGUUACUCGUGAUCACGUUCAGAUACCGCCUCGUCAGCGCACGCCACGCAUCCCUCUGCGGCACACCCUCCCCACUGCGCCUACAAGUCGCAACAAGCAACUGCAAGCAAUUGACCCCGCUGUCCUUCGUAACCCAAACCACGUCCCCCUGGCCCUCUACGCGCUCUGCUCCGGGGAAGACGGCAGGGAUGAAGUGCGCUAGGAAGGCAGUGGCGUUCCUGAAAUUCGCUUGGAGGAGGUAGGACAGCACGGGUCGGGCAACGUAGGGGAAUGGACUGGACGGGGAAGGGAUGAGCGAGGCGUACCAUGCUGCUUGCGAGGAGGCGAGGAGGCGGGCGGUGUCGAGCAGUGGGGAAGAAAGGAGGUGGGACUCGGCGAGGUCGUAUUUUCCCUCUUUGAAAUACAGUUCACCGAUGUAGUGUUGCAGCAUUGGGUCGCCGGCUGGGCAACCGCAGGCGGACGCGGACCAGUUAACCGCUUUGAUUAUCAGGUCUUUCCUCCAAGAACCAGUGUUGUCCGUCAGGGCGAUGAGCUGCGUUAGCCGUGAGCGACUCGACUCGUCCACCUCCGUCCCCGACUUCUCGUAACACUCCAGCAACAGCGCGGCCAAAUCCGUCCCGCUCCCCCACUCCCUAACCUUCAGCAGCUCCCUAGCACUGACAAACAGCACCUGGACCGCAGUGUCAUAGUCUGGCUCGCGACGCUUGACGAGCCUCGAGUAUGUCGUGCGGGCUUUUUGGUGUGCGGAGUAGGGUGAGGUGGGGAUGAGUGGGAGGAUGUGGGUGAGGAGAGAUUGAGCGUCUUGUGUUUGGGGAGGCAUGGUGGUGGUGAGGAGGGAAGGAGG